CUGCGGGUACGGAGUCACUAAGAAUUCAAAUAUUCAUAUUUGGUCUGGGCCCCCUAUUUCAAUGUCUUCCUCCACGUCGGCUAGCUCCACACCCUCAGACAUCCGCCCCAGCUCCGGUUCAUCGCUUAGCGGCGCAGUUGCAAGCUAUUCCUUGGGCUUUCUCCUCGUAUCAGUAGUCAUUCUGCUCAUCAUCGUUGGGUGCUGUUUUGGUCGUUGGCGGCGUCGUGCGCUCCUCGGUGACUCAGAUACGACGGAGCAGUUGUAUGGAAUGGGUGGGGGACGAAGGAAGUUGAUCCCUCCGGUCUUUUGGGAUACUUGGCUGAGCCGCCCGCCCGCUUCGACCGAGCAAGUAUUGAUGGCGGGUCAGUCCGAAUGGUCGAGAAUUCAGCCUGUAUCCGUGUCUCUCAUCCGCGCGUACCACUCUCGCGCUGCAUGUCAACCUGCAGUGGGCGUAUUCGAGUCAGCAGCACCUGCUGCAGAUCCUUUCACCGCAACAUGGCUUCUUCCCGACAAUUCCCAGUAUUCUUCGUCCCAACCUUCACCCCCGCGAAGACGAUUUGCAUUCCCUCUUUUCCAUUCUUCCAACUUUCGUCUGUGGCCACGGCGACGCUCACGCACUCACCAUCGCUCGUCGUUGUCCGAAAAGCCCACAGGAGAUGAGACUGAGAAUCACCCAGAAGCUGUGAGAAUUGCUGUGAUGAUCUCCAUGCCUUCGUCCGCCUUACGACGUUGGAACCAAGGAGAGGGUUCUUCGUGCCACUCUGCUGGUCCAGUCGAUGCACUGCGGGAGUAUCAGAUAGGAGUCGCGCAAGUUCCAUGGACACACGGUGAGCCUCCCAAUGUUUCAGACGUUCCGCUAGGAUUCUUCUUCUCGCGCCGGAAUGGCUUGCUACCUGAAAACACCAGCUUUCGGUUUUUGCAAAAACUCGAUUGGCAGGAGGAUAAGCUCAAGAGAUCCAGCAAACGGAAUCCAGACGCGAGGGUUCGAUGGCACACGGCUUCUCGAAUCUUGCAGCAGCAAAUCAACGUGUUCCCCAGACUCUUCUGGACGAUCUUGCGGCUCAAGGAGUCAGACCUUGAUGGGAGGAAGGCAGUCGUUCCUUCUAUUUCGCUGAUCCCCGUCUCGUGGAAAAAGCGGCACCGAGCACAUGCGCGACUUACUUCUUUGGCGUGGAAAUUCGUGUUAUUCCAGAGUUCCGAGGAUUGCCAGACUUAA